UGACAAAAUUCAGAAGAAUUGUCGAAAGCGCUGCUCACAACUCUCACUGCACUCGGCAUAAAUUGUGGCGUGAAUUUUGCUGUUAAACCAUCGAUAAAACAUCAACAAAACAUUCUAUUCGCUGCACGUUCUGUGAAAUCAGUUUAAAAGAAAGGAAGCAAAAAAGUUAGUUUUUCACAAGUGCACAAAGAUCCUCUCGCAAAGGCAAAGAGAUAGUAAGGAUGGCUGGCGCUAUGUUGAUCGAUCGUGCCCAGUCGCACUCACUGAACCGCCAGGAUAUGACAAACUUUGCCCGCGAUCUCGAAGUGGACGAAAACGAUGAGGAACAGAUUCGACAAAAGGAACAGAAAAUUCUCGAACUUGGCGAGACGUACAAGAAGGAGGGCAAGGCCAAAGAGCUGGCCGAUCUGAUUAAAGUGACCCGUCCGUUCCUGAGCUUCCUGAGCAAAGCGAAAGCGGCCAAACUCGUGCGCUCGCUGGUGGACCUAUUUCUCGACCUGGAGGCCGAAACUGGCAUCGAGGUGCAGCUAUGCAAGGAGUGCAUCGAAUGGGCAAAGCAGGAAAAGCGCACCUUCCUGCGGCAGUCGCUAGAGGCGCGCCUGAUUGCGCUCUACUUCGAUACCGGCAUGUACACGGAUGCGCUCAACCUUGGCAGCCAGCUGCUAAAGGAACUGAAGAAGCUCGAUGAUAAAAAUCUGCUGGUGGAGGUCCAACUGCUCGAGAGCAAAACCUAUCACGCGUUGAGCAAUCUUCCGAAGGCUCGCGCUGCCCUCACCUCCGCUCGUACCACAGCGAAUGCAAUCUAUUGUGCGCCGAAGGUUCAGGCCACCUUGGAUCUGCAGUCCGGCAUUCUUCAUGCAGCCGACGAGCGCGACUUUAAAACCGCUUUCUCGUACUUCUAUGAAGCUUUUGAGGGAUUCGAUUCUGUGCAGAGUAGCAAGGCUCUUACCGCACUCAAGUAUAUGUUGCUGUGUAAGAUUAUGCUCGGUCAGUCGGACGAUGUGAAUCAAAUUGUGAGCGGUAAGCUGGCAAUCACAUAUUCUGGCCGUGACAUCGAUGCCAUGAAGGCGGUCGCAGAGGCAUCGCACAAACGGUCCCUAGCCGACUUUCAGGACGCACUGAAGAAGUAUAAGAAGGAGCUGGAGGAUGACGUCAUCGUGAAGGCACACUUGGGCACGCUGUACGACACGAUGCUGGAGCAGAACCUGUGCCGCAUCAUCGAGCCGUACUCGCAGUGCGAGGUGAGCUUCAUUGCGGACCAGAUUGCCCUGCCCAUCGCCCAAGUGGAGAAGAAGCUGUCCCAGAUGAUCCUGGACAAGAAGUUUAGCGGCAUCCUCGAUCAGGGCAUCGGAGUGUUGAUCGUGUUCGAGGAGACACCGGUCGACAAAACCUAUGAGACUGCACUGGAGACGAUACAGCAUAUGGGCAAGGUCGUCGAUACGCUUUACCAGAAGGCGAAGAAGCUUACGUAAAAUGUUGGUCAGGGAGAGGUAGGACUGUUUUUUUUUUCUUUUUCGAAACUGCAGCGUAUAGUGGCGGAAAACCGUCGAACGAAGAACGUUUUCACACGAUGGAAAAUAGUUUGUUUUCUCAAAUUCCCCCAUAACUUUCGUAUUGUAUUGUGCACCGAAAGGUUGUUCUUUAGUUGAUCCAAAUUUCUUAAAUCCGGUUUUGUCGCAAAUCCAGGGGUCAUUGAUAAAAGAAUAAAGGAUAACCAAAACACA